AUGAGGCAAUUUCCAAACAUAAGAGGAAACAUAGAUGCGAAGAUGUCGACAAUGGUGGCGUCUCAAACACGUCCUCCGUGGCGUACACCAGUUCCUUACCUAUUCGGUGGUUUAGCCGCCAUGCUUGGACUCAUCGCUUUUGCUCUCUUGUUGCUCGCUUGCUCUUACUGGAAGUUCUCUCGCCAAACGGACGAAGGGGAGAAACAGACCGAGUCCGGUGAGAAAGUGGUGGCUAAGGUUUUCGAAGAGAAGAUUCUUGUGAUCAUGGCUGGACAGAACAACCCUACUUUCUUGGCUACUCCGGUCGCCGCCAAGAUUUGCGUGGACUGUGUAAAUGCGAUGAAGAAAGAAGGGCGAAAUGGGGAAUAUACAGUAACAGAAGAAGACCACUGAGCUCUGUUCUCAAGAAAGUGUUCUUUUUUCAUUUUGGUUUUUUUUUCCGUCCUUUGUUUUCGUCGGUUCUUUUUGUUUGAUGGGGAAUCUAGUUUUUUCCUCUGUUUUUAUCGACCUUGAAAUUGUAAAUCUUUACUAGAGUAGUAAGGGGUUUGUUUCUCUGUAUUUUUGUUGGUAUAUGAAAGUAUUUUGCUAUAAGGUUAAUUCAAGCUA